CGAAGUGUUACUAGGAACAUGAGGCAUAGAGCUUGAGUGUGAUCUUCCGGAUUCCCUAUUGUGGCUUAAAGAUUUAACCAAUUGACAAUCAUGAAUAUUUCGCGUAUUUCGUCAAAAGAGGAUUGCCAUUAUUUUUACUACUCCACGAAUGGAUGUAACAAGGUGGACUGUGCAUUCCGACACGAGGUGGCUUCAAAAGGGCAAGAAAAAAGGUGUCUGCAGUGGUUGCAAACAAAACGAUGUUCAAUUCCAGCCUGCCCUUUGCGACACAAAGUUUUAGAUAAGGACAGAGCCAAAGAGCCAUGCUAUUUUGAGAAAGAUGGCUCUUGUCUUAAACUUGAUUGCCCUUUUUUUCAUUCCAAACCAAGGCCAGCAGUCCCCACCAAAAAAAUAGACACAGUCAUGUAUUGCCCCAUCUGCAAGGUUACUUCUUCCUCUCCAGCUGGUCAUGUGGCGCAUUUGCAAGGCAAGAAACAUUUCCAGAAAAUCAAUGAGCUACGAGGGAUUCCUCCUAGCAACAUGGUUGUGCCUCCAACCGUUGUCCCUGGGGCAAAAGUCAAGGCUCCCCCACAGCCCCAACAGAGCGCGUUUUAUUGCAAAUCAUGUAACGUGAAUUUGUAUACGAAGGACACGUUUGAUGCCCACUUUCAAAAUCCACCCCACAAGAAAAUUGGGGGUGCUCAAGCUUUGAAGAAAACCCCGACUCAGACUUUCCAUUGCAAGGUUUGCAGCGAAACACUUCGCAACAAGUUCUUCUAUGAUCAACAUAUGAACAGUCCGGAACACAGAGUGGCAGUGGAGGGAUCGAAAAGCUUGUCCGGCUCCAAUUCAAGCUCGUCUUUGUCCAAGCUUAAUCAACAAGUGCUACUUCAACCUCCACCCCCUUUUGGGGAGAUUAAAGUAGGAGUGUUCUGGGAUCUGGAGAACUGCCAACUCUCCUCCAAGAUUGACAUCGCAGGGGUGGUCCAAAAAUUGAAGAAGGACUAUGGACAUAAGGGUGUGUUUGAUCAAUUUGUGGGAGCGUGUAACAUGGAUAACCACAGACGGAUUGCCCUUACCAUGCAAGAGCUGGGCAUGGACAUUCUGCCGGUGUUGAACAACAAGAAGAACGCGGCAGAUGACCUUUUAAAAUACUAAAUGAUGUCCUUUGCCGAGAACCCUCAUUGUCGGAUCAUUCUGAUCUCCGGGGAUGUGGACUUCUCACAACACUUGCUUCAUUGCCGGGAAAAGAAGGGACACGAAGUGCUCUUGUUUCACAAUCAUGUGGCCAAGGAGUCAUUGAAGUCCGUAGUCACCAGGGCAUUCAGUUAUCAUGGGUUUGUCAAGCCUUUCCUCAAGGACUUGCCGGAUAGAACGCGAAGUAAAUCACUUGCCGGAGGUGCCCCACCUCGGCCAAAGAAGACGAGCAAGGCUGUCCUUUUCUUCUGGGACAUGAUGUCCUUGCCAGCCCCAGCAGACGUCAAGGUCGGCGCCGUGGUCUCCAAGCUUCGGAACACAUUUCUGUGCGCCGAAACGACCGAAGCUGGCUUUGCCGCAUGCCGGUCCAUCAGCCAAAUGGCCGUCGUGAACCACGUGGCCCAGAUGUCGGUGGACCUCUCCCUGGACUCGGCGCUGGACAUGCUAAAGGAACAGGUUGAGACCAAGAAGGAUAUCGAUAUCCUUAUCCUUCUGACCAACGAUAUUGGGUUGAGCGAAACCAUCCGGAAAUUGAAGACAGAGCGCAAAAUUCAGAUCCACCUUAUCCGGGACGAGAAGUGCCAAGAACCAUUGGCCUAUUCGUUGGAUGAACAAUCCCAAGAGAGUUUCCAAGAGUUUGUCAAACCAUUGCAAGGUUAGAUAAGCAACUCCAUAUCAUUUGUGUGCAUCGUGACUUCUACGCAAUGCUAGAGGUGCUUUCAUAAAUUGCCACGAAAAAACAGCGAAAUUAACUUUGUCUUGA